GGUUUAUCACUCUCAAGAUUUCAUGCAGAGACUAAGGAUGAGUUACUGAGCUACAGUCCAUCCCUAUUCCAAUGGAACUCUGGGAACUGAAGGUCUGUGAGGGUAAUAGGUAAAGGUAAAGGGUCCAUUAGGUCCAGUUGUGACUAACUCUGGGGUUGCGGCGCUCAUCUCACUUUAUUGGCUGAGGGAGCCGGCGUACAGCUUCCGGGUCAUGUGGCCAGCAUGACUAAGCUGCUUCUGGCGAACCAGAGCAGCACACGGAAACGCUGUUUACCUUCCCGCCGAAGCGGUACCUAUUUAUCUACUUGCACUUUGACGUGCUUUCAAACUGCUCGGUUGGCAGGAGCAGGGACCGAGCAACGGGAGCUCAUCCCGUCGCGGGGAUUCGAACUGCCAACCUUCUGAUCGGCAAGUCCUAGGCUCUGUGGUUUAACCCACAGCGCCACCCGCGUCCCGUGAGAGUAACAGGGGUCUCCUAAAACUCUGCCCAUCUCAAGCCUCCAUUGUGCCCACAUUACACAGCCUGAAUGCAGCCUUUCAAAUCAUCAAUGAAUAAAAUGACUCAGCUGGUCUGCCUAAUGGGAGGUUGAAUGCUCUCCUUGGAAAAAACACAUAUCAUGCACCAUGGACUUCUGACUUGUCACUUUAUUAUGCUUAUAGCCUUUAUCUUGAUAAAAUUUUAUUCAUUGCUGAUCCCUUAUCUCAUGUUGCUGUUUAAAACAAGAGGAAGAUGGCAGGUUUUCAUGGUGUUUUCAGGGAUUUGAAAGUUCCAGUGUGUCUCAUAAAAAUAUCCUAUACACAGGUGCAUUCAAAGGUGCUUCUAACUUGUGACAAGAGAUUGUGCCCAUGGCAUAUGCACUAAAACAAUUUCAAGUAUCGCUAUAAUUCAAUUUUGUGUUAAACAGGAUUGAAUUAUUGAUUAGUUUAGUAUAGAAUUUCUACAAAGAAUGAGAUUCCUUAGACAACUGUUAUUAAAGCAACAUCUAUCUUUUCUUUCUAUGAAUAUUUCUUCUGUAGGACUGCCACUGUCCCAGAGGGGGAAAUGUUUAUGGGCAUGGUUCUCAUUUAUUUAAAUAUGUUCCAUUACAACCUUAAAUCAGCUCUGGUCUAGAGUUGAAAAUAAGUUGAAAAAUUGAAAUGUCUGAGAAGGUAGGAAAUCAGCAAACAGAAUUUGUAUGGCCAUAAAAGAAAAGAAAAGAAAGUAAACAAAAAGGUUUGGUUAAAAGCAGCAUUUUUUCUCCAUUGACGAUGAACAGGUGUUACACUUUUUCCAGCUCUAAUAUACUUCUAAGUUCUAAGCAAUUUGCUAUGAUUUCUCCAUUUUUCCACAUGGAUGUUUACUUCAGAAAUUCUAGCCAAAAGGAGUAAAGAGCCGAGUAAAUAAGAGAACAGGCAACAAUCCUAUAUGCUUACCUGGAAUAGUUCAGUUGGUAGAGCAUGAGACACUUAAUCUCAGGGUGGUGGGUUUGAAUUGGGCAAAAAGAUUCCUGCAUUGCAGGGGGUUGGACUAGAUGAUCCUUGUGGUUCCUUCCAACUCUACUAUGAUUCUAUGAAUUAAUCCCCAUAAAACUCAAUAGAACGUACUUCUGAAUAAACCUUAGCUAGUGCUACAUAUGCCUCUCCUGGAUUAUGCACAUCAAAUAAUAGCUGGUAAUCCUAAAUUUUACUCCAACCUCCAGCUGUUUUCUUUGGUACUCGUACUGCUAACAGACUUUAUAGAUACUCAACUGAUACAUGUUCUAAAUCUGAUUUUACUCAUAAGGGAGCUGAGGAUGAAAGCCAUUUAAGGGUCAAGGUCAGAGAUUAUUUGUGGCAAAAUUAAGAUUAAAAUCCAAUCAAGGGCAACUAGAAAUAUCUACUUGGUUACAGUGCCUUCCAGGAGCAUAGUUUAACCCUUUUAUGUAUAUCCAUUGCUUUGUGCAUGUAUGAAAAUAAUAUAUAACUAUGCCUGACCACAGCUUGGCUCUUGAAUAUUUUCAAAACAUUACUUACAGAGCAGAUAAAGGUUUAUAUAUAAAACACCACAAUUCUGUCAGAUUAUCCACCGAGUUAACCAUGGUAGUUUCAAAAACAGUUAAAACUCAAGAGAAAAAACAACACCUAAAAUUCUGGAUACUUUAAGAGCUGCCUGUCAUAUGAUAUUUCUUGGACAAGUGAGAACAAAAUCCUCAUGUACCACAUUUGUUUUGAAGGACAAACUGAGUUUUCACUCCCAUCAUGGGAGCAGUAUUAGAGGCUACAGGGAAGGAGAAUCAUUAUGGCAGCAGGUCUGAUCCCUUUGUAUAUGUCUGAUGGACUUGCAGCUUCCCCUCUCGUAGAGGUGCCUAGCUUCAGGUAUCCACAUGACAGCUAAUGUUUUGUUUUGCUUUCAGAAGACGAUCUUCCUAGGGCAUCCUGGAACCAUUUCUGGAAACACUUUCGGUGUUUGGGACCAUCAUACAGGUAGUACUGAAUUUGGUCACCCCAGCCACCUCCCAAUCAUGUAUCAUAGAAAUUGAGUCAUUUUCCUGUUUUUUGCCUAGACGACAUUCACCUCUUACAGUUGAACAAUGUUAUUUGGCUGACUGAUAUCCAGAAUUGCCUGCAGAGGUGGUUGCAGGCAUAGUGGGUUAGGUGGUAAGUUGAACAGUGAAGCUGCCUGUUUCUUGUGGCAGGGGAGGUCACUAGCUUACAGGGGUCUUAGGGUGGCACUUCAAGAACUCACCACAGUUCAGGGAGCCAGGAGUGGCUGCCACAUACCCAGGCUGCUGGCAGGUGUCAGGUGCAACCUGUGUCUAGUGACUCCCUCCUGGAUUCUGAACAGGAAAGCUGGGAGAGGUAUAGGCAAGCAGACAGGCUGCCUGAUAGGCAUAUCCUUGCCUGAUCCUAUGUCAAACAUGAUACACUGUAAUCAAUGAAGCUGUAUCCAUGUUUAACUCCAAGUGUGUCUUCAUAUAUUCAUUGUGUUCCUGAUCAUCACGCUUAGGUGGUACAUGAUGAAAUAUCAUUCUAACCAGGACCUGUACUUCAUGAAUCACAUUCAUAUCUGUUCAGAAAUUCAAGAAUCAAUGUGAAUGUUUAUUCCUUUAAGUGAUACAACAUCACACACAUAAGAACUGUAUAUAAAAGAUCAAAGACUGUGUAACUUUCAACUUAAUGAUCUGUCAGAUCUGUCACUAAGCCAUUUGGUUUGAAAGGAAAGCAAUACAGCAAUCAGAACUGUAUCUGACAAGAGACAUGAAGUGUGUGUACAUAUAUAUAUAACAUACAUAGCUCUAAAACACCAGAAUAUGAAAUAACUAGUUUAUGUGGCCUGUGACAUUACCAUGUGAUGAGCUCCUGUCUCAAUACCUCCUCUUUUUAUGACUGGAGGGGUCUUAGCUCUAAAGUAUUUAUUGUCUGGAAGCAAACUAAAGAAUUUAAUCUGUUAAAGUGUAUACAAGUAUCUCUUAUCUUUCUCCAUAAGUACCUCAAAACAUUACAAAUCCUAUUUGAGAUAUAUGCUACAAAUGAAAGUUCAGGUUCAGGCCGAAUUUAUUCUUUCAUAAAACAAAAUGUGAGAAAAGCCAUUUUUACACAGAGUUGAAUCCCAAAGUUGCCAUCCACAUAGGGAUGAACAAAUCUGUCAGUAAUUGUUAUCUCAGUUUCUCACAUUUCCACUCUGAAAUUCAGUUUUCCACAUUUCCACAGCAAUUUGCUGAUUAAAAAAAAAUCCUCAUGAAAAUUCACCAGCAUUUUUGUGCAGUGGGAAGCAGCCCAAGGUGAGUCGGGGUGAAGAACUAUGAAUUAGGUCAAUGGUGAGGACCAAUGAACAAGACAGGCAAUGGAACAAACCAAGAGUUAGGACCAUAGAGCAAGGCAUGACUAGAGGACAAACCAGGAUGCUGGGCCAAAGAGCAAUCAGAACUAUAGAAACACUGUAGGUGACCUUGUUGCUCAAGCAAGGCUUAGCUAGAACAAGAAGCUCUAUACUCCUUCCUGUCCAGAAGGAUCCAGUGAUCAGUCUGGGUGGGUAGAGCCAGUCUGAAAGGUUCCCCAUGGAGUUGGGUGCCAGCUGCAGUUCAGUGAUCUGCCACACAGGGGAGACAGAUCUCACUGCUUGGGGAAGUUGGAACAAAAGUAGCAAUAUUUUAAGCACUAAAAAAUAAACAACCUACAAAAAAUAAACAAUUUCUUUAUUCAGGGAAGAGACACUUCCUUUUUCAUAGGUUUGCCUAAUUUUUUUUCCCCUUUGGUAAUUUUAUUUCUUCACAUAAUUCUUUAUAGAACACUUUAUAUAUUACACGAUCCUUCCCUGAAGACCUUGCAGCCUAAAUUUUAUCUGUGGAGGAGAUGAGAAAGGUAAGGAAAAGGGCUAGAGGAACACAUCUGUGUUUUCAAAACCUAACAUUUCAGAGGGACUUCAUUUGCAUUUUAGUUAGUGCUAUAUGUUGUGAUCUGAAUACGAAGGUAAUUUUGAGCAACCAUAUGUGUUUCACUGCAAGUACAACUGGCGUAAAUACUUUUUAAAGCUGCAACACAUUGUAGCUUCCCAGUACACAGAACAAUAUCUAGGUAAGUGAUAAUCAAACAUGAUAUACUACACGUAAGUUACUAUGAUUUCACACACACAAAUGGCUUUUCCCCCUUAAUUUCUGGAUAUGCUAUUGCUUAGUGUCCUGAGUCUGUAGUCAUUUUUAAAAUAUUUUCCUAAUAAAUUAGCACUCCAUAAAAUUUAUUCUUAAUUUUACUUUGAAUGCCGUUUUAAACUAGCUCUCAGGUAGUAAAACUGCACCAUAUAUGCAAGUGUCCAAUUUUCUGCAAUAGCAGAACAAGGGAGCUCAAAAGUCUUCAUUCCCUUUGCCAUGAAAACUCAAAGGGUGUAGAUUUUCAUUUCAUUAUUACCAUGCAACCUUCAUAUGCCACGGGAGUCCUGAAAUGUGAAUUUAAUACUGGUUGGAUGAGUAGUGUAGUUAUCAUGAAUUUUCAUGACUAGUUCUUAAGCCCAGUUCCCUGGAGGACAAGAGGCUAAUGUACUGGUAAAGUACUGGAGCAAGGAGUUAUGCUAAAAGCUAACUUUCUGCUAUAAUAUUUUGUAGAGCUUAUAUUCCCACCCCCACGAUGGAGCUGAAAUGUUUUCUUUGGGUUUCACAAAGGAACACUCGUCUUUAUGAAAGCAUUUUAAUGUUUUGAGCCUCCCUUGGCUAGAAGAUAUAUGUGCUAGCAAUCUCAGAUGCUUAUUUUGACAUGUUACAAGUUUAACUAGUACCUAGCCAUACUGCAAUUAAGAUGGGAAAAUCCACAGAGUGAGAGAAGGAUAUGUGAAAGUAGAAGCAGUUUGUUUGGUUUGGUUGUAAUUUACAGCAAAUUCAUUACAUUGUGUGCUUUCUUUGUUAUUCUAGGAUAACGUCAAAUAAUAGAUACAGUUUUCCUGUCCAUUGCUUCUAAGCUGUUCCUUGAUUUUGUAUACAUUGCUGAAGAAGUAAUACGCAACAUUUAUGGCAUAUUGGACCACUUUUACAGGUACCUCUGCACAAUUACCGUACCUCCUCUUAUAUAUAUAUUUUAAAAAUAUUUUGAUUUAUUUAACUGUUUCUGUCUUGAUAAUGUCUCCAAAUAGACUCAAGGCAGCUAAUGAACAGCUGUUAGCAGCUGGUGCAACUGCAUUGCUCUCCAAUGUUGCAUAUCACUGUUGUUUACUUAGUUGGAGAGCAAGAGGGUCAUGUCAGCAUGGAGCUCAGACGCGGAGCAAAUUUAAUGCUUCCAACACUGUGACUGUACUGUGCUGAGCUCCCUGCUGCCUUGCUCCUCCUCUUCUUGGUAACUGGCACCCGCCCGCUCGCCCUCUAGGUUUUGUUUCAGCUCCUGACCUUGCUAUGGACUUCGGUUGGUCGCCUUGGUUGUCCAAGGGGCCUGGUAGGAAUUUUUUCCACUUGGCAGAUUGGCACCAGCCACUUGGUUUUUCACCUACCUCAUAGCAAAUCAUCACAACUUUUCAAGGUUUGGCGGUUAGACAUUGGAAAAUGUGUUGUGUGUUGGAGGGAAGGUUGUGGCCAACACCUAUACCUCCCCUUGAAGGGUAUUCUGUUAAAGGAAUCCGGCUGUCAUGGUUCCUGUCUGAUGCCUAGGUGGUGGGAAGGGCCAUGGCUUGGUUCCCAGUGACUCUAGGGGAAAGCUUCCAGUUGAUUAGCAUCAGCAAGCUCCCCCUACAGGUUGUUAACCCUUGUGUGACUCCCUGCAGAGUGGGCAGGAGUCAAGUAUAAUCUGUUUGGAUUCAGUGCCUAAGCCAAUACCACUCACAUUCUGCAAUCAAUAAAGUUGUGGCCUUUUUUAGCCCAUUAACCCAAAAUGCUUGUGUCCAUGUGUCUUAUUUCAUCACAAAGCAAGGAGUGGGGCCUUGACUCACAACUGCCAGUGACACGUGAUGAUGUCAGAAGAGCAAUGCAGCCCCACCUGCACUGCCUCACUCACCACUACUACGAACAAUAAUAAAAACAGAAUAAAACAAUGCUUUAAAAGUUUAAUAUUUGCUCAGCUCAAAAAGCUAACAAUAUCCAACCAAUUUAACAAAUUUCAGCUGCACAAGCAUAACAGAACUGAGUCAGCAAAUUUUCCACCACAAUCAACCAACAGUCUUUUUUUUUUUAAGUCAGUGUUUGCGUGUCGAGGUCCCCAAGACACCCCCCCAAAGAAAAACACAAUUGACACUUAAUUUUGUUUAAGGUUUUUGGCAUAAUUCUGGCCACAAAUUUAUUCAAAUACAGCAAUGUGAGUGGUUGCUUAGGCAUUGGUAGCACUAACUGCCCCCACACGGGGACAGCUCUGACAUUCACACCCCCCGCGAAGUCAGGAAGGGUAAGUCACCUGGGGGGAGAGACGGGACUGGGAACCAUGCCUCACCUCUCCCCAGCAUGCUCCCAGGGGCUUGCGUGGCCCUAGCCCCUUGCCAGGGGUUUUGGACAAAAGCAUGGGGAGCCCCUGGGUUCCUUUAACGGUAAAACCCUUCAGCAGCAGCAGCAGCAUUUUGGAGGGGCAGGCACAGCCGAAUCCAUACCCCUCCACCAGCAGCAGCAUUUUGGGGGGCAGGCACAGCCGAAUUCAUACCCCCCAGCAAUUCUAGACCAAUGCCUAACCGCAAACCUUACAAGUUGUGACAAUUUGCUACGCGGUAGGCGAAAACCAAGUGGCACACACUAAUCAGCCAAAUGGCAAAAUUCCUACCGGGCCCCUGCCCCAAAGCAGAUGACCCCAUGACAGGCAUAGCAAGGUCAAGCAAACAGCCUGAAAUUAGGGAAGGGAGGGCGGCUGAUCCGAAGUAAGCAGUGAAAAGAGGAAGUUCGUCGCUGCGAGCAUUGUAUUUAACAAAUAGGGCUGUCAAUCAACAAACGGCAACAUCUAGAUUUCCCCAGUAACAGCCUGCCCCUGCUUAAAGGAUGGCCAAACCAUUUGCCUAGCAACAGUGAGGUGUCUCGUCAGCCCCGCCCGCAACCUGUGCUCUCCAUGAGGGAGAACACACUUUGUCAGAUAUCUGAAUCAGUAUAGUAAUAAGGUAGGUGCCCCAGCAGAAAAGGCCCUACCUUCAACUGACACAAGUUUUGCCUCCUAAGAUCAAGGGUUUUGGAGCAGGGCUUCAGAGGAUUAUCAGAGUGUGUGGAGGAGCACACAGGAAAUGGCAUUUUUAAAAGUACUGAGGUCCUAGGGAAACCAGGUUCUUUUUCCUUCGAAAAUAGUUGUUCCAUAAUCCUGACUUGUGAGCCUCCUUUGUAUGCCUUAGGUUUUGUCACCCGUCCCCUCUCUCUUUCUCAGGGAAGACUUCCAGAAUUGUACUUGGAAUACAGAUGUGUCAUUCAGACAUGAUAAUGGAAAAUCCAGAAAAUAGCAAGAAAUUAGACUGAGUUGAGUAAUCCAGUUUAAUAAAUUCAUGCAUCAAGAUCUUUUAAGGCAUGACAUGGGUGUAGCCAGGCUUUUUGUUGGGAGGGGGGAAGUGUUGGGAUACUGCCAGGGAGAUAAAGUCCAUCAAGGCCCCUAAGCCGUCUGCCGGACGAUCCAUCGACCUCCCGUAGGCACGCAGCGACAUGAGUUUCUAGAAAAUAUCUUGCCACAUUCUAGAGCUCAUGCACGCUCUAUCAGCAGAUAAUGCACAGCCAAAAGUUGCAGUCAGGAGAGCAUUAUUUACAAGUUUAUUCAGCGUUGAUCAGAACACAGAAAACAUGACUGCCUGCUGAUUUAGUGUCUGCGACACAGAGAGAAAACGAAAGCAACAGAAAACAUAAACAUCCUGUGAACAGGAAAUACGCAGACUCUGACUCACAAAGCCUGCUCCCUUUUAAGGUGGAACGGAAAUAUCCUAACAUCCUCCCCCUUCCGUGUAACCUGUAGUACCUGUGGUUCAACCCAAUUGCAACCUUUGUACAUAAACCUUAAGUUGUUCUCUGUUAACAACCUUAGACAACAGAUCAGCAGGAAUUUCAUUUCCUGGCAUGUAGGACACCUGAAUGAGUCCUUUCUGAAUACACUCUCUUGCACGAUGUAGCUUAAUCUGCAAGUACUUGGUCCUUUGCUUGCAACUCUCUGAGUUCAGCAAAGCCAAACACGAUCUAUUGUCUUGAUACACUUGUACAGGACAUUUCACAGAAACUCUGAUGUCCUUAAACAGUUGCAUCAACCAUUCACAAUCCAUGAGUGAAAAUGACAGAGCAUUGAGUUCUGCUUCACAGGAACUUAGGCUCACUGUCGUCUGCUUCUUGCACAACCAGUCAAACAGGCAGUGGUUGUACAUGUAGCAUACCCCAGAAGUGCUUGUACCAUCCGUGGUGUCACUUCCAAAACUUGCAUCUGCAAAGAUUUCAAGACCUCCAGUCUUCUGACUGGUGAACCUCAGCCUGUAGUGCAUAGUCCCUUUCAAAUAGCGGGCUAUGCGCUUCAGAGCUUUCCAAUCCUGAACAGUAGGAUUGUUAGCAUGUCUGCUAAGCAGGUUAGUGCUUACAGCAAUGUCAGGUCUUGAGCAUCUAGCAAUGAAAUUCAACUUGCCUAGAAUGCAUCUGUACAGCGUUGUGUCAGAAAACGCUUCAGCAGUACUAUCUACCUGGUAACCUGUCACCAUCGGUGUGUCUGCUGGGUUUGCAUCAACCAAAUUCAACCUGGUUAAUACAUCAGCAAUUUUCUGUGUUUGGUGUACCAGAAAAUUACCUGCUUGGUCCCUCUCCACCUGCAGAGAAAGAUAGUUGGAUACCUCACCAAGAUCCUUCAUGUCAAAGUGCUCCUUCAGCUGAGCUAGGGUGCUUUGGUAGAAAGCCUGAUUCUUCCAAAACAUCAGAAGAUCAUCAACAAAACAUAAACAAUACAGUUUGUUUUGCCCCUCCUCCUUGACAAACACACAUGGAUCAGCUUUGCCCUGGUGAAAACCUAGAGAAAGCAACGUCUCAGUGAGUUUCGUGUUCCAACACCUGGCACUCUGCUUGAGACCAUAUAAGGAUUUCCGCAGUUUACAGACCAUUCCCUUCUGUAUCUGCAUCCCGUCAGGUGGAAGCAUAAACAGCUCCUCCUCCAAAAUCCCGUACAAAGCUGUAUUAAUGUCAUGAUGGGAAACAUGCAGUUUCUCCUCUGCAGCUAUCUUGAGCAUCAGCCGAAUGCUCUCAUAUUUGACGGUGGGUGAGUAGGUCUCGUGGUAAUCCUGUCCUGGUACCUGUGAAAACCUCUGGCAACCAAUCUGGCUUUGUGUCUAACUACCUUGCCAUUCUGGUCUGUCUUGGCCUUGAAGACCCAUUUGCUGCCAACCAGUCUCAUUCCUGGGACUACCGGUACCAAUUCCCAAGUUUGGUUCCUGUUCAAGGAAUCAACUUCAGCCUUCAUGGCAUUAAGCCAAGGCUCAGCAUCUUUAGAGGUUAACUCCUGAACCUCUUUGAAGCUUGAAGGUUCCCAUACCUUCUCUGAGCUACUAAGAACAGCAGUUGCUGUCUUAGCAAACUCAUCAGCAAAUCUCUUUGGAGGUCUGCCCUUCGUGGCUCUCUCAGAUCUGCGUACUAGACGCAAGUCUUCUGGACUCAUCUCCUCCUUCUUAGGAGAAAAGUGACCAAUGGUGAACAGUGGUUCUUCCAGUUCAUUGUCAGACGCAUCAGAUGGUCUGACUGAGGCCUUUGCGCUCUUGUAGUCUGCUGUGUCAUCACUGUCACUGACAUCAGCAGCAGCGCCGCCCACUGAACUGGAAUCCGAACUCUGAUCAUCAUCGUCAUCAUCAUCCUCAGCAGCUUCCUCAGCUUUAGCUGCUUCUUUGACAUCACCUUCAUCCUCCUCUGGGUAACUCUGGAAAAUUCCUACAUUUUCCCCACUUAGGAUUGUACUCAACACUCUUUGUGAACUUAAUGGACUUAGAGUUGGUCAUCCAUACCCUGUAUGCACCUAUUUCGUAACCCCUGAACAAACCAUGUGCCCCACGCUUCCCAAGCUUGUUGCUCUGUGGGUGUGUACCCACAUGUCAGAACCAAAGAUUCUCAUGUGUUUGAUGUUGGGUUUCUACCAAACAUCUUCUCAUAGGGGGUACAACCAAUAGGUGAUGACAAUCUGCGAUUAUAAGUGUAAGCAAAAUUCGACAGAGCCUCCCUAAUACUUAUCAGGGAGAUUGGCAUCAUGCAACAAUGUUUUCAUUCCUUGCAGCAACGUUUGAUUUGCUCGCUCCGCAAGCCCAUUCAUCCAUGGCGAUCUAGGCGUUGACAAGUCAUGCUGGAUUCCCUCUCAGUCAGGAAAGCUUCAAACUGCUGAGAAGUGAACUCCCGCCUCGAUCAGUAAACAGACAGCCAAUGCGUUUACCGUGAACAUUCUCCAACCAAGCACAGAAUGCCUUGAACUUAGGAAACGCUUGCGAUUUCUGCUCGAGCAUAAACACAUGAAUGUACCUGGAAAAAGAAUCAAUUAGAACCAUGAAGUACCUUGCUCCACCCAAAGAGGGCGCAAGUGGACCAACCAGGUCUGCGUGCACUAGCUGGUAGGGUUUGGAAGCCUGCCUGCUAGACUCCUUGCCUUUUGGAGCAACCUUCACCUUGUUCUCUGCACAAGAUACACAUUUCAUGUGAAACUUACAGGGUUUGAUGUUCAAACCCUCAACCAUCUCUGGCAUCUUGGCCAGCGCCUGCCAAGACAUGUGACAAAAUCUUCUGUGUGCAUCAUGAAUGCAUCCUGCAUGAAGAACUUUGUUAGUUUGUGCAACACAACAAGAAUCAGCAUUAGACACAACAGCAGCACUGUCGUCAUAAGUUAUACAGAACAAGCCAUCCAUAAACUUUGCAUGCAAAAUGUCCUCUUUGCCUUUUCUGAUGACACAGACGCUCCUCUUGAAGGAAAUCUCAAAACCACGCCCAGUCAGCUGUGGGACACUGAGCAAAUUGUCUGCAGCACCUGGAACAUAUAGUACAUCUUUAAUGGUAGUGUGCAGACUUGCCAGUUUCACAGUCCCUUCUCCUGCGAUUCUCACCGUCUUUCCGUCAGCCAGGUGGAUCUCACCUUCUUGAGGUUUGAAGGAGAUAAAGAGGUGGCGGUCCUUUGAGACAUGGCGGGUACAGCCUGAAUCAACAACAAACCUGGCUGUGACCUUUGGAGCAGUCUUUGCAGCAAGCAAAACCUUGUUUUCCACCGGCGUGGGCUUUUGCAGCUUGCCCCCCUGCUCCUGGCCAUCAGACUUGCUUUUAGCCUUUGGUGAAGCUGUGCCAGUAAACAAAACCUUGUUUUCUCUGGCGUGGGCUCUUCACCCUCCCUCUGCUUCUGGCCAUCUGCAGGCGUCUGCCUCUGUUUACCUUUGCCCUUCCGGCCUCUGCAAAGGCGAUGACCUUGGCUCCCACGAGAAACAGAGCUCUCAGCUGCCGACUCCUUGGCUCCCCCGGAGGCUGGAAUGCUGCCUGGGAUGACGUGACAGUCAGCUCCCCCUGCAGCUUGCAACCGGUGCCCUCGGCAUCCCUGCAUUCACUCGCAUUCUGGGAAACAGCCAGGACCUCCGAUGCAGUCAAACUCUGGGCUGGGAUGAUUGGCAGAUGGGCUACUUUCAAAGCAUGCCACAUCUUUCGUGCAGUCAGAUUGCCAGCAAGCAUCUUAAUUUCCUCCAGAGAGACGGACAAGACUAGUAUGUCUAUCGCCUUCGAAUUUUCGGCCCUCCAUCUAUCUGUCAGAGGAACUGGAGGGGCCUCACACACAGUAUGCCACACUCCAAACUGACGCAGCAAACUCUCACACCAUUUUGCCCAGGUCUGGUAGUUGUGCCGAUUUAACUUUGGGCACUCAGCAGCCUCAGAAGCCUGGAAAAACUCCAUUCCAGGUUUUUAUUUGAGCCUGAGUCUUAUUCACUUCAGAGACUCCUUAUCUCGGCAGCCAUAAAUCUUGAGGCCUUUGGCGCGGCUCCCAGAUCCAAUUAGGCCUGCCGGACAUCAAAGGGACUUUGCCGCGGCAACGAAAAGCCUCACUUUCGCUUUUCUUCCACAUACCUUUCAGCAGUCUGUCGCAGUCUUACUCUCCUGUAAGUGCUGUGAAUCUGGGCCCGAAACCUAUUGUUGGGAUACUGCCAGGGAGAUAAAGUCCAUCAAGGCCCCUAAGCCGUCUGCCGGACGAUCCAUCGACCUCCCGUAGGCACGCAGCGACAUGAGUUUCUAGAAAAUAUCUUGCCACAUUCCAGAGCUCAUGCACACUCUAUCAGCAGAUAAUGCACAGCCAAAAGUUGCAGUCAGGAGAGCAUUAUUUACAAGUUUAUUCAGCGUUGAUCAGAACACAGAAAAACAUGACUGCCUGCUGAUUUAGUGUCUGCGACACAGAGAGAAAACGAAAGCAACAGAAAACAUAAACAUCCUGUGAACAGGAAAUACGCAGACUCUGACUCACAAAGCCUGCUCCCUUUUAAGGUGGAACGGAAAUAUCCUAACAGGAAGGCCUUUUGUUGGGUGGGGGCAGAACUUCAGUUAGCUAUGUAUUUUUAUUGAAUUGGGGGGGGGGGCAGCUGCUAUGCCCAUGAGGCCUGACAUCAUAUUUGUGACUAUUUUAGAUUUGAACCUAAAAUAUUGUAAACGACAUGCUAUUUAUAGCACUGUCGGAUGAAAUUUAAAAUGAAUAUAGAAAUUAAACUAUGGAUGUGAAAUUCUGAAAUUAGCUCACAGUGGCUUUUCUGAACUGUUUUUUAAAAUGUCCCAAAUAAAAUGAAGUGAGCAUCAUUUUAUAAUAAGAAGUAUACUGUAAUAUGAUCAUAUUCCUAUAAAAUAUGUUAGCUAUCUUAUCUUUCUCCCCACCCCCCAUCCCAUGAUCCUUGGGAACAUCAAGUUAUUAAGGAAGGCAUUCAGAGAAUUGUCAUCACCCUAAUAAUAUUGAAAUCUGUUGGGUUUCUUGAGUGCAGCCCCAUUAACUGCAGUUUCAGGGAGAAGGGAAGGAAGGUUGAGGUUCGCACUGUAGAUUCCUCCAUAUUGCAGGACAAGAAAUGACCAUUUCAUUUCCUUGUUUCCAAGUUAGCAAAUAGCUCUGAGUGAGAUUAGCAAGUGGCAUUAAGCCUUCUAGCCUAGGCUGCUGUGCCUAGUGUAAUAGCAGAAAGUCUUGAAUCAGCCAGCCCUGUGUGAGUGAGCUCCGUGCCUCGAUCAUUGGUCUUGUAAUGGCAGGGAAUGGGACAUUGCACACCAGUGUGCUUCAUUUGUCUCCUGCAUGCUGGGAUUGAUCUGGCUGUGUGCUUCAUUUCCACAAGUAUAUGAAAAAGCCUUCCAUUUCCUAGGACCAUAAAUCUAUCUAGAGGUUCUGUAUCUUGUUGCUGAUAAGGAAUACCCUGUAGGCAAUAUUUGAACACAAGCAAGUUAUUUGUUUAUUCAUAUCUUACAGCUUUUGUCUCGUCUCUCUUCUCUCUGUUUCCUUUGUUCUACACACACACACACACACACACCCCUUCCCUUUUUUCUACUAGGGCUUCCUAGGAACAAAUGCCUGAAAGAAAAACUGGGAAAGAGUUGCAGCUCUAAGGAUACAACCAGGGGGUUUCAGUGCUGCUGUGUAAAAUAACGUGGUUCCAAACCACCAACUGAGAAGGCAAGCUGAUUUUUUUUUAGCAACAGGUUUCCUCUCAAUUCCCCAAAGCUUCCAUUUCCCUAAGUGAUAAAAAUGUAUAGAGCCAACUGAGGGGCUGAAAUAGGGAAGAUACAAAAUAUAAUUACUGCACAAAGAGGCUGUCAAGUUGCUAACUUCAGGAAUGUUUUCUUUUUGUCACUAUCACAUAACCAUUUCAAACCAUCAUGAGAAAUAAGAACAAGUCUUAAAUCUUAAACACAGUGGUGCAGAGUCUUCAAAGGUCCAUUUUGCAAUGCCCUCAGAAUGACGGGAAGUGCUAUUUUUAGUUGGCAUAUUAUCCAGCGGAAUUAUCCAUUCAUCAGCUCGAAAUAGUUGGGGAGAGGGGAGGAAUCACUUUGCGUGUGAUGUAAAGAAAAUCUUUUUUUCAUAUUGGUAAAAAGCUUCAGUGAGCCUCCUGAGAUGGAUUAAAUGUCUCAAUCUAUUAAGCAAAAUGGCAUUUAAAGUGAUGAAUACCAAAUGAGACCGGGAAAAAUCAGACACACACACACAAAAACCCUAAAAAUCCAUCUCUGAGAUUACUGACACACCUUCUACAGCUCCAGAGAGUAUUGUGAGUUCAACUUAGGCUUUCACCAACGCUUGAGUCAUUUGGGAUGUCGAACAACAUUUGCAAUUUAGAAUAGCUACAACAUUGAUCUAACUUUUACUGGAUGAAAUGGUUCUCAGGAACUGAGCACCAAUCCCUCACAGUGCUCAAAGCCCACUUUUAAUUAAACAUCAGAGGCUAUAAUCUGCCCAGGACUCUGCAGAGGCCUCUGGCAUCACCUCUAUGUAGUGGGUCACCAAAGUGCCAACUCCCAGAAGCAGUCCUAUCCCCAUGCCACGCUUCCACGCUGGUUCUUUCACCUCACCCUGCUCAGAGCCCGAGGCCCUGGUACAUACAGUUCACAACAGAUUACACAAAUGGUGUAUGCACUGCAUUCAAACUUAUUUACCAGGGAUCCAGAAAAGCUGUUUAAGUUGGGCUUGGUCUAGUGUGCCUUCCUGGAAAAUGCGUUCUAUCUAUCCAUCUCACUUCUGAAGGAGAAUUGCAUCCUUCAAGUAAUGGGAAUUUUCAAUAUAGAAGCUGAAAAAUUGUUACUUCCUUAGGAACUGGAAAAUCUUUUUAAAAUGUACAUUCAAAAUAAAACAGCCUGGCCAUAAAACCAGGACAGGAAGGCUGUAUGAAGAUAAACUGAAAAUCCCUUUUCCUUGGGAUCCCAUUUCUGUUUGUGUUUAAAAUAUAGCCAUGUGUGUCAGCUGUGAAUAGCAUGUAAAAUCCAGAGGCUGUCAUAGUCACGGGCUGCAAAAUCUUGCAUGCCCACCAGAAAGUUACAGGAAAGGCAUUCUCUUCACAUCAAAUGCUAGGCGUGAAUAGAUACUUUCAUUCCCAUCUAUAAUGCAUUGAAUAACAGGAAUUCUGAUAGAGGGGAUGUAGCUAAUGCUCACUGUGAAAUGUAUAGGCCAGCUUCCCCAAUGCACAGUGUAUUCACAGGCAGAAGAAAGAUAAUUGAAUCUGCCUUUCCUCCCCUGUGCAGGUUUUUGUGUGAGUGAAGAAGGCUGCAUUGCAAGCAGAAACUCCUACUAUGUGAGCAAAUGGGUGCAAGCAUUGUGCUUAAUUCUUCAUUACCUUCUGAUUGUGGCAUUAGCUAGAAUCUUAACCUAAUCUUCUGGCAGCCUGGCCACAACACUAAUAAAGAUUGAUAUUUGACAUUUGUGGUGUGCUCUCCCUAUUGACUGCUCAUUAUUCUGGUAUGCUAAAUAACACAGUCGCUCACACACCAUUUCUUAAAG